GCUGCUGACCAAGGACACCCAGAAUCCAAGGUGGCGGCCCUCCGUCUGUGGCAGGUCAAUGCCGAAUCCGGAAGCGCUGAAUACCAAUUCAAGCUCGGGUGCAACUACGAAUCCGGAGUCGAAGUUCCCGUCAACCUGGCUGCGGCAUUUUCCUGGUUCGAUAAGGCCGCGGCGCAAGGGUACCCUGAGGCGCAGUUUCGUCUCGCUCGCUGCUAUGAGUUUGAGCUGGGCUGCGUCAAGAGCGUCGAGAUGGCCUUCCACUGGUAUAGCCGAGCAGCCUCGAACAAUAGUGUCGGCGCUAUGUAUCAUCUCGGGCGCUGCUACGAAGUUGGCAUCGGAACCACUCCAAACAGCACCAAGGCGUUCGAUUGCUACAAGAAGGCCGACAAUGGGCAAAAUAUCGAGGCGUGCAUCAGCCUUGGCCGUUGCUACGAAAAUGCCUUUGGCACCAGCAAGGACUUUCCGAAAGCCUUCGAGGCGUACCAUAGGGCCGCCGAACGGGGCAGUAUCGAAGCCCGCCACCAAGUCGCUCGCUGCUACGAAUAUGGCAUCGGCACUACCAAGGAGCCCGAAAGAGCCUUCCAGGCCUACCUGACGGCUUCGACCUCGAAUGGCGGCUGCAAGUCAACAUACGAUGUGGGUCGUUGCUAUGAAAAUGGAAUCGGAACCCCCAAGAAUCUCGAACGGGCGGCGAAAUACUAUAUGGACGCUGCAGGCCGCGGAAGCACCGAUGCUCACUAUGCCCUGGGACUGAUGUACGGAACCGGAAUGGGCGUCGAAAGAAGCCAGACAAGAGCGCAGGAGCACUUCAGCUCUGCAGCGGAGCACGGUCACCAAGGCGCCAAGAUCAGGCUCUACUGGUCGAGCAUGUUGAGAAUGUUCUAGCGGAAGGGAGCGGUUUUAGGUGACGG